UUCCGUAAUGAGCAUGAAAGUAACAGUAAGGUCGUUAUCUACUUGACUACUUAAUAACGUAGGUAGGUAUUAUUCCAGACGAAAUAUUUAUUUUUUUUUUUUUUCGAAAAAAUUUCUUCGAUUUUGUUUUCGCGGCGGUGUUUUAUUAGUUUGUCGGCGAUUGCAUUGUGCGUAUGGUUUAUUGUUCGGUUCGAUUCCGGCCUCGACAUUUUUCGUGCUGUGUUUGCUGUUACGUGAUUUCGAUCGUUGAUAUUGAUUAUUUUUUUUUUUGAAAAACUUUUGUUGUGAUUUUAGUGUGCAAUGAUACGAGUUGAUUGGAUGGAGUUUGGUGGAUUUUUUUAAAUGUUAUGUUUCAAUUAUCAGAGGAACGAAACGAAAGAAGAUGUUGGAAUUUUGAUCAUUCCAUCCGCAGCCUCUGAAUCGAUAGAUUAUUUGCUUUUGAAAUACGAAGAUAUGAAGAAAAGAUGACCACUUUGAUAAAAGGACCAGUUCCGAAUAAAUUUUCAGAUCUGUUUCUUUUUCUAAUUAUCGCAUUUGUCUUAAACGGAAUGGCUAUGGGCCAGUUUCGCCAAUCACCGGAAUCUCUUCAGCUGCAAUUCCAACAGUAUCAAUUACAGCAGCAACGACAACUGCUCAGACAGCAGGCCUUAGCUGAACAACAGUUACCCAGAAAAACCACUACUGAAACGAUUCAACAACAGUUCCAAGAGAAAAAACAACAGCAAGGUGGCAGCAGACAGCAGAUACCAUUGCAACAGCAAACACAGCAGACUACUCAGGCACCUCAGCCAGUGGUUGCAGUACGUCCUCAGAUCCAAUCCGUACAGGAUCUAGUUAAUAAUAAUUCGUCUUGCGUUGAUCCUCCUUUUAGGUGUCCGCAUCCGAGGAUACAGUUCUUCUUGUAUACGAGGAAUACACAAACGAACCCGGAACUAUUGAAUACCAAAGAUAACGACUCUCUGUAUUCGUCUCGAUUCAAUCCAAAACACCCUACCAAAGUCAUUAUUCACGGUUUCCAAGGCGGUAGAAACCUUUCUCCAAGUACUGAUCUCAGAAAAGCCUAUUUUACCAGAGGCCAUUAUAACAUAAUAAUCGUCGACUAUUCGUCAUUAGUACAAAUACCCUGCGUCAGCCAAAUCGAAUGGGCGCCGCGUUUCUGCGGUAAAUGCAUAGCUCAAUUGGCAUCCUACUUGAAUAAUCAUCCGCGAGGAGUCACUCCGGAUAAACUUCACCUGAUCGGAUACAGUAUCGGAGCUCAUAUAGCCGGAUUGACGGCCAAUUACGUAACUAAAGGCAAACUAGGGCGUAUUACCGGCUUAGAUCCGACGAUAAUAUUCUCAAUGGGUACCACCGGCAAUCGAUCUCGCGAUCUUGAUUUUACCGAUGCUAAUUUCGUCGAUGUGAUUCAUACGGCAGCGGGGGUUUUGGGACAAUGGGGUCCUAGCGGCCAUGCUGACUUUUACGUAAAUGGUGGAUCUAGUCAACCGGGUUGUCAGUCGAACAGCCUUAUUGAAACACUGUCCUGUGACCAUACAAAAGUAACUCCUUACUUCAUUGAAUCGAUUACCUCUGAAGCAGGAUUUUGGGCUGUUCCUUGCCCUAAUAGAUUUUUCUACGCUUUUGGUUGGUGUACGCCAUCGGAAUCUGAAUAUGUCCUGAUGGGAGAACACGUCUCUCAUGCAGCACGAGGUAUUUAUUAUCUAGAAACGAAUGCCAAAAAGCCAUAUGCAAAAGGUUACCCAGCAAAACGUCAGGGCGGUGGCGCAGCUCGCGCGAUUCGAACUCCUGGAUAAUUUAUUAAUCAAAAUUAUUUAUUAUAAGUGAUACAUUUCUCGAAGUGUUAGAAGUAAUUUAAAUAUAUGUUACCGUAUCUUUUCAAAA